CUGUUUGUAACAGCUGCUGACGUUCCUCCGGCACAGGGGAGCUUGGCUGGAACGGAAAAUGUCCAGAGCUGGAACCAAGGUCACCUUCUAUGAAGACAAGAACUUCCUGGGCCGUUACUACGAGUGCGACAGCGACUGCCCCGAUUUCCACAGCUACCUGAGCCGCUGCAACUCCAUCCGUGUGGAUGGAGGCACCUGGGUGGCCUACGAGAGGCCCAACUAUGCUGGGAACAUGUACGUGCUGACCCACGGGGAGUACCCUGACUACCACCACUGGAUGGGCCUCAACGACCGCCUGGGCUCCUGCAAGUACAUCCAGAUCCCAAGUGGAGGCCGAGGCCACAUCCAGGUGUUUGAGAAGGGAGAUUUUGGCGGGCAGAUGUUCGAAGCCACCGAAGACUGCCCCUCCAUCAUGGAGGAGUGGCACAUGCGUGAGGUGCACGCCUGCAGGGUGCUGGAGGGCGUCUGGGUGUUCUACGAGCACCCCAACUACCGGGGCCGGCAGUACGUGCUGCCCAAGGGGGAGUACCGCAAGCCCGUGGAGUGGGGCGCGGCCAGCCCCGCCGUCCAGUCCUUCCGCAGCAUCUCCGAGUGA